ACGGUUGAAGGGAGGGGGCGGGGCCAGGUCGCCCGCAACAAAGAUGGCGGCGGAGGGACAACGCAACAACAACAACAACAAGCAGAGCAGUUGGAAUCUCAGGCCUGGGCCCUAGGGGAAGGGGUUAAAGCCCCCAGAAGCUUCCAGAAGACGCACAGCAGCAGAAAAUACAAUUAUAUCCGUGCUGAAGCCUGUGGAGAAGUGGAGUGUUGUGGGAGGGGGUAGAAGGAUCUGCACGGCUGCCAUUUCGAGGCACACAGACAACAUGGCAGAUAAGAAGGAAGAAUUGGAUGUGAAAUCGGACCUCAACAGCGGCAGCUUGUGCAGCAGCCCAGGAGACACAGAGGAGACCCGGGAAAACUCGUCUGGUAUCGAGGUGGAGGCAUCUGACCUGAGCCUCAGCCUAACUGGGGAAGAGCAGAUGAUGGAAGCGGAGGUGGGGGAUCGUGCCAGCCGGGCAGGAGCCGGGGACGGGGGCCGGCGGCAGGCCGAGCGAGACAGCUCUGACGAGCAUGACACAGAGUCCUUGGGAGAUACGGGCACAUACUCCAUCGAGGAGGAGGAGGAGGAUGAAGAGGAGGAUGAUGAGGAGGAGGAGAGGAAGAUGCAGGAGGGCCGGGUGGAAAUCCCCAGCCACCUGCGCCGGCGUGGUCCCAAACGUGGAGCAAGCAGCGAGGCAGAGCGGGAGCAGGACUCCUCCGAGGAAGAGGCAGCCCUGGAGCGCUGGGUGAACUCCGAGGUGGAAGCCCUGCCCCUCCCCACCUGGUGCCCAGCCCCCGCUCUGGGGGGGCGAGCCAUCGGCCGGGACCCCCGGGCUUUCAUGUAUCGGGCCUGCGGGGCGCGGGCCUUCGUAGAGCGCUUCCGCCUGCAGCAUGGCCUGGAGCGUCACACCGGCUGUGUCAACACCCUGCACUUCAACCGUCGUGGCACCUGGCUGGCCAGCGGCAGUGACGACCUGAAGGUGGUCAUCUGGGACUGGGCCCGACGGAAGCCUGUCCUGGAGUUCGACAGUGGCCACAAGAGCAAUGUCUUUCAGGCCAAGUUCCUGCCGAACAGUGGGGACUCCACGUUGGCCAUGUGUGCCCGUGAUGGUCAGAUCCGUGUCGCUGAGCUAUCCGCCACUGAGUGCUGCAAGUCCACGAAGCGAGUAGCGCAGCACAAGGGCUCCGCGCACAAGUUAGCGCUUGAGCCGGACUCUCCCUGCACCUUCCUAUCGGCUGGGGAAGAUGCCGUGGUCUUCACCAUCGACCUGCGCCAGGAGAGGCCGGCAUCGAAACUGGUUGUCACCAAGGAGAAGGACAAGAAGGUGGGCCUCUACACCAUCUAUGUCAACCCUUCCAACACGCACCAGUUCGCUGUGGGAGGCCGGGACCAGUUCCUUAGGAUCUACGAUCAACGUAAAAUAAACCAGAAUGAAAACAAUGGUGUCCUGAAAAAGUUCUGCCCCCAUCACUUGGUUAACAGCGACUCAAAAGCCAACAUCACCUGUCUGGUCUACAGCCACGAUGGCUCAGACUUGUUGGCGAGUUACAACGAUGAGGACAUCUAUCUCUUCAAUUCAUUUCACAGUGACGGAGCUGACUAUGUCAAGCGCUACAAAGGUCACCGGAAUAACGCCACAGUGAAAGGCGUGAACUUCUAUGGGCCGAAGAGCGAGUAUGUGGUGAGCGGCAGUGACUGCGGCCACAUCUUCCUGUGGGAGAAGCUGUCGUGCCGGAUUGUGCAGUUCAUGGAGGGCGACAAGGGGGGAGUGGUGAACUGCCUGGAGCCGCACCCACAUCUGCCUGUCCUGGCCACCAGCGGCCUCGACCAUGACGUCAAGAUCUGGGCCCCCACCUCGGAAGCGGGCAACGGGUUAUCGGGUCUGACGGAGGUGAUCAAGAGGAACAAGCGGGAACGGGAUGAAGACUGCCUGCGACAUACUGAACUCUUUGACAGCCACAUGCUGUGGUUCCUCAUGCACCACCUGCGCCAGCGGAGACAUCGGCAGCGGCGAAGGGAGCCCAUCUCUGCGCCGGAGGAUGAAUCUGACGAUACGUCAAGUUCCUCGGAAACAUCGGACGAGGAGGAGGACGGACCCGACCGGGUCCAAUGUAUGCCCUCCUGAGGAAGGGGACAAGAGACGCCCACACACCGCACAGAUGCUCUCGGACGGAUGGGGAGGCGUCGUGGGGGCUGGCAGCACAACUCUCUACAGGGGCGGGGAGACACUAAGACGGUGAGGGCAGAUGUACAGGGAGACAGGCAGAGGGAGACCGCUAUCACAGACCUGCACACUGGCAUUGACACACUGACUAUUCCUGUUUGUGUGUGUGUGAGUUGUUCACAAUGGGGUGGUAGUAUCUGUGUGUGUGUUCAUGCAUCUCCUGUCUCCUUGCUCUCCCAUUGUCUGGUCCAUCCCUUCUCCCCCUCUCACAGUCUCUCUCUUUACUCUCUCUUUUUCUUUUUUUUCUCCCCUCUUUUCUCUUUCUCUUCCCUUCUCUCCUUCCCUUCUCUCUUUCUCGCCUUCAUUUUCUCUCUCGCUCGGUUACUGACCCGUGCAAAUCGCCACAGUAUUUUUCUGAUCGACUUUCUAAGUUUUGUAUAUCCAGAAACACGCCCGUCCCUGCGAAGCUCGUCAAUUAUGGUUUUGGAGGUGGGGGGGAUUUAUUUUAAAAAGUUGUAUGUUGAGAAACUGUUUAUAGUUUGGGAGGUGGGGUGAGGAUCCUUCCUGCAGCCUCUCCCUCCCUCCCCACACCCUCUUACCCCCAUUAGGGCAUGUCCGGGGUUUCAUUGUGUACCCGCUCUUUGAGCCUGCAGUUUGGGGUAUGGGGAAGGGAGGGGGAGGGGGGGCGUCAAACAGCAGGUUUGAAAAAUGCUUUACAGAUGCCGUGACGGGGUAUAGCUUGUUGCUUUAUGCGUUUUUGCCCGUUCUCAAUUUUGAUGGAUUUGAAUUUAGACUGCAAUUAAAAACCGCAUUGAAUGAA